AUGAUAACUUGGGAAAUUGUUCAUUUAUUAAUAUUAACUGGAUUUGCAUCAACAUUUUGGUUGGAACAUCCACAAAAAAAAAUUGGUGCUAAUAUUCAAAUGCAAGUUAAGAAAGAUAACCAACAAUUAAUGGAUUGUAAGAUAAAAAUAGUUAAGAAAGAUAGCCAACAAUUAAUGGAUCGUAGAUAA